AUGGCAUCCUCAAGACAAGGGCUUAGCUCAGCCAUCCGUGGCAUUUCUAGGAGACUCAACGGGGGAAAAUGGCAGGCUCUCGAACAACAAUUCCAAUCACUGCGGCUUAGUCCUUCGCUUAUCAGGGGAAGACGGUGCUUGUCUACCGAGUCGGAGCCAAACCAACUGGCAGGACAGCCGCCCAUUACCGCCGCCCCCGAAAUCGACGUCGAUGUCCUGGUCAAGCGCUACCGGAUUGCCAAGCAUGCCCGGCCCGUUCCUGUAUCGCCAUCCUACUUCUCGCGGACACCGACGUUCAAUGACCGGUACCUAGCCCUCGAGAAGCUGGCCAAGACUUACGCCAACCUCCCCGUGAUCCCAGCCGCUGAUGCAGAGCGCGUCGCCUGGAAGACACUCGCCGAUUUGCGUCAGUCCUUUGGCGAGCCGGUGAAAGCGACCGACUACGUCAAGUGCCUCGCCAUCGUCAAGAGGUUGCAUCUGAUCCAUCCCGGGCUGAAGCCGAAUGCGGUUACGGAGGCUCUACAAGACUUCAAGCGCGAUGUGCAGGCCUUCCUCAACGUUCCCAAGCCGAUACCCAUCGACAAGUUUGGCCGAGCACUCGGGGUCGGCAGGAGAAAGGCCUCAACAGCCCGCGCCUUUGUUGUUGAGGGCGACGGCCAGGUUCUGGUCAACGGCAAGACGUUGGCAGACUAUUUCGGUCGGAUCCAUGACAGAGAAAGCGCCGUCUGGGCUCUGCAUGCGACAAAUCGCAUCGACAAGUACAAUGUGUGGGCGCGGGUAGAAGGUGGUGGCACCACCGGGCAGGCGGAAGCUCUCACGCUGGCAAUUGCGAAGGCUCUCCUCGCCCACGAACCCGCUCUGAAGCCGGCAUUAAGAAGAGCUGGCUGUGUCACACGCGACCCGAGGAGAGUGGAGAGGAAGAAGCAUGGCCGUGUGAAGGCGAGAAAGGGACCUACAUGGGUCAAGAGAUAG